AUGGGGAUAACUGGAUUGUUACCAUUUUUAGAAAAAGCAACAAAACCAUGUCACCUUGCCGAAUUCCGGGGCGCCACAGUUGUUGUCGACACAUAUUGUUGGCUUCAUAAAGGUGCUACUGGUUGCUAUUUUCAACUGGCUCAAGGAGAUGAUAGUCAUGUGUAUGUAGAUUAUUGUAUGAAGUAUGUAAAAUUAUUGCAAUCUCAUGCUAUUAGACCCAUUCUUGUUUUUGAUGGGAAAAACUUGCCUGCCAAAGCUGACACUGAAACGAAACGUAGAGAAUCUCGAACAAAAGCAAAACAAAGAGCAGCAGAGUUACUUAGAUUGGGAAAAACUGAAGAAGCCCGUUCAUAUAUGAAACAAAGUAUCAAUAUAACCCCAGAAAUGGCUUCUGCUGUGAUAAAAGAGUGUCAAAAAAUGAAUAUUGAUUGUAUUGUUGCACCUUAUGAAUCUGAUGCACAGCUUGCAUUUUUCAAUUUGAAAGGGAUAGCUGAUAUUGUUAUAACAGAAGAUUCUGAUCUGAUGACUUUUGGUUGUACAAAAGUCUUAUACAAACUAGAUAUGAGAGGCUGUGGGUUUCUUGUUGAAGCAGAAAAAAUACCUCUUGCAAUGAAUAUUAGACCUGACAAGUACACAUUUGAUAAAUUUCGUUACAUGUGUAUUUUAUCAGGAUGUGAUUAUGUGGCAUCUCUACCUGGUAUAGGACUCAAGAAAGCUUUAAAAUUCAUCAUGCUCACUGAAGAAACAAAUCCUGAAAUUUUUUUAGACAGAGUGCCAAGAUACCUCAACAUGCGCCACUUAGAAGUGACAAAAGAGUACAAAGAAAACUUUUUAUUAGCAGAUGCAACAUUCCGUCACCAAACAGUAUUUGAUCCUGCACAAAAAAAACUAGUCCCUCUUACUGAUCCAGAAGUUUCUGGAACCAAUCCAAAGUAUUGCAAAAAUGCUGGAGAAAUUUACAAUCAUGAGAUUGCCUAUCAAGUAGCACUUGGCAAUCUUCAUCCCUCCUCACACAAACAAAUCAAUAACUGGGUGCCUCCUGAAAAUGUUCUCUGUAAAAACAGUAUUUGGUCUGGUAGUCACAAAAAAAGUGAUUGGAACAAACAUAAAAAAUUGGUAUUCAAAAAGAAGUGUGUUAAAACUGAAACUGAAGUGAAAAUAGAAAAUGUUAAUUAUGAACAAAUCAAAAUAGAAGAAGAGAAAAGAUUAGAACAAGAGCUUCAGUGUUACUUCACAGUAUCAGAAAAACAUACUUCCAAAAAGGGAGAGGAGGAAACACCUACUAAAUAUGCCCCAAAGGAAAAUGCUACUAUUACCUCACCAAUUUUGAAUAGAAAUCCAUUUUUGAAAAGAUUGAGCAAAUUUCCAUGCCACAGUAGUACUGAGAGGAAUGUUAUUAUAAAAAGUCGGUAUUUUGUCAAUUCAACUGAUGUACCAGUAAAAGAUGAACAAGCAGAUACAACAGUUAGUGGAGCUAAAACAGAAGAGCAUGAUCCUGAAAUACCAAACAACAUUAUUGAUGAUGAGACUGAGGAAUUAAGAAAAAUAACAAUAAGUGAUAUUACACUUCUAGAACAAAAUUCAGAAAUAUCAAGAGAUGCCAAAGUAAUGAGCAAUUCACAGCCAAACCCUUCAAAGAGCACUAUAGAAACCAGUAUUCAAAAAAGAAAACGUCUAGGGCCUUGCCGAUCAGUUGGAUUGAAACGGACAAAGUCUGAGGGACAAAAGACACUCCACAGUUUCUUCAGGAAGAUGUGA